UUCACUGUUGGCUGCAUGCGCAGAGAAUAGGCGGAGACACACAAGGAGAGACUACAGCAGCCACCACUGCCCUUCUUUCAUUCUAACUAACUGGAUAUGUCUUAGAUAUUUUCUCUCAUGUGGUAUCAAAGGACGCGCUGGCGGAAUCGCCAGCCUCGCGCACUGGGCUGAUGCGACUUUUGAUGCGCGCGUGCGGUUUUUAUCCUGCGGUCGAUGGCGCAGAUAAAGAGGAUGCGUGAAAGAACACAGCCCAGCCCUAUUUUUCUGAAUGCAAUUGAAUGGAACUGCAUAUUUUCGGAUGAAGAUGAAAUCGGCAUGGUCUAAAUGUUGGUUUCAUCUGGAUUGCUGUGCGGAGAACCCGAAUCGAUAAAGCAAGUGAAGGCGGCACUAUGCUGCCUAAGUGAUUGAUCACUGUGCUCAAUGAGAACAAGGAGAAGCACGGCUUCGAUACGAUGGCUGAGGAGAAUAACCUGAAGACAGCUAGGUUAUGGAGGGAUGCUGCUUUGCGCUCCAGGAAGCUGAGGAGCAAUCUGAGACAGCUGACUCUCAGCACCAAAAACUGCCAGAAAAUUACAUUACCCGAGGACAUAAAGGAGAUCGAGGUCCUCAAUCUGGGCAACAACUCCCUUCAAGAGCUUCCAGAGGGACUGGGCUCAACCCUAACCAGGCUUCGCAUCCUCAUCCUUCGAAGGAACAAGUUUGCAACAGUUCCCACUGCAGUAUUUCAACUUAGUCAGCUGGUUGAAUUAGAUAUCAGUCACAACUGCUUGAACCACUUUUCAGAAGAUAUUGAUCUUCUCAAGGGGCUUAUAAAGUUGUGCAUCAGUCAUAACAAAAUCCAAUACCUGCCAUCUCAGAUUGGGACUUUGCAAAGUCUGGAGGAGCUUGACAUCAGCUUCAACGAGCUGCAUGAUUUCCCCAGGUCCUUUUCACAGCUCAGGAAGCUCAGAACGCUCGAUGUGGAUCAUAACAAGCUACAGCGUUUCCCUUCUGAAAUACUUGCCCUCUCUGAUCUGGAGGAGCUUGACUGCUCUGGGAAUAAACUAGAAGGUCUUCCGGGUAACAUCAUGAUGCUCCAAUCUAUUAAAAUCUUGUGGCUCAGCAGCACUCACCUCUCGUUUUUGCCUGAAACAUUUUGUGAGCUGCAGAACUUGGAGAGCCUGAUGCUUGAUGAUAAUUUCCUCACAAGCCUGCCGCAAUCGUUUGGGAAACUGCAGAAACUGAAAAUGCUCAAUCUCUCCUCAAACUCCUUUGAACAUUUUCCUCAGGUUAUCAUCAAACUCACCAGUUUGGAGGAGUUGUAUUUAAGCCGGAAUAAACUGACGUUCCUCCCUGAGGAGGUAGGACAGCUGUGCAAUCUUGCUAAUUUGUGGUUGGACAAUAAUAGUAUAACGUUUCUCCCGGACUCUAUUGUAGAGCUAGGGAAAUUGGAGGAGCUGGUUUUACAGGGUAACCAAAUCGCCAUCCUCCCAGACAAUUUUGGAAAACUUGCCAAAGUCAACAUCUGGAAGGUGAAGGAUAAUCCUCUCAUUCAGCCCCCAUAUGAAGUGUGCAUGAAGGGGAUCCCCUACAUAGCUGCCUAUCAGAAGGAGCUUGCACAUUCCCAACCUGCUGUAAAACCCAGGCUUAAACUGGUUUUGAUGGGCCAGAAAAAUGCAGGGAAAACCACACUCAGGCAGUGCAUUGUCAACAAACCGUCUGAUGCCAAGAUGGCCAUUGGAUGUAGGGGUAUUGACGUGACGAACUGGGUAGCGGAUGCAGAUCGGAGUCUUACAUUCAUUGUAUAUGAUUUAUCUGGUAAGCAGAACUAUGAUCUUAUCAAACCCUUUUUCCUGUCUCCCGGAGCACUUUAUGUUUUGGUGGUGAAUCUGAAAUUGUAUACAUCAAAGAGCUUCUACUCCCAUGUUGGUGGUUUCCUCCACCUGCUCAGUGCCAAGGUGCCACAUGCAGUUGUUUGCAUUGUAGGGACCCACUGUGACUUGUGUGAAGAGGUCGAGGUUGAAGAAAAGUGCCUGGAUAUUCACAGACAGAUUUCGCUCCAGGAAAAAAUGGACACUGAAUGCCUACAAGUGCUUCCCCUGCAGGUUGACGAAGCCCUUGAGCAAGGUUACGGUGUUCGGACUUCUAGCCCCCAUGUUCUCUUUUAUGGGGUCAUGGAUAAAAACUUGAGACGUAAAAAGUCUCAGUUGCAAUAUAUGCUCAACAAUCGACUACAAAUCCUCUCUCCGGUGAUUUGCGUCAGCUGCAUGAUGGCUCAUAGAAACAUCCAGCAUUUGAAAGAGAAGCUCAUGUCUGUCGCCGAUCACAGGGAGAUUUUCCCCAAUCUUCACAGAGUUCUGCCAAAGUCAUGGCAGAUGCUUGAGGAACUGCAUUUUAAGCCACAGGAUUUAUGGCUUUCCUGGUGGGAUUCGGCCCGGUUUGGCCUUCAGGCUGGGCUGACGGAGGACCGCCUGCAAAGCGCGCUCUCGUACCUACACGAGAGCGGUAAACUUUUGUACUUUGAAGACAGCAUGACGUUGAAGGAAUACGUCUUCCACAAUCUACCCCGAUUUAUCGCCAUCUUGAAUGUGUUUUUUCAGAGAGACCUCGCUGCAAUGCUUGAGAAACUACAGGCUGAAGGAGAUGAUGGAGAUAGCAUCAGGUCUACACAGAUGCACGGUCACGUGGAGGGGUUUCUGUUGCAUGGCUUGCUGCCGUCAAAUGUGAUUCGAUUGUUGCUUAAGCCCCUGGUACAGACACAGCAGGACUUGCACCUGAUCAUGGAACUGCUGGAAAAGAUGGGCGUGUGCUACUGUGUCAACAAACCUCGCAGCAAGCCGCUUAAUGGAGCCACCGUCUGGUAUAAGUUUCCCAGUCAGGUCAGCAACGAGGAGCCCCAUCCUGAGGCCUCGGCCAGUGGGGGGUCGUCAAUCCCUGGUCAGUUCUUCUCGGUUGAGCAGCUGCAGAUUGAAUACAGGUUUCCUUUCUUCACCCCUCUUGGACUUUUUGCACGGUAUAGCGUGCAAAUCAACAGCCACGUGGUGCAACGGUCCGAUGGAAAGCAUCAUAUCUUUGCCUAUCGGGGUAAAGUGCCUGUGACGGUGAGUUACCGGCCCUCUCGGAACCGAUUGCAGCCUGAGACCCUCUCCAUUUCCAGCCAUGCAUCCUUGCCAAAUAUCUGGACAGCUUGGCAAGCCAUU